AAAUCCGCCAGACGCAAAGACAAAAACGGUCGCAACGGAAACACAAUUCGUUCUACGUUUGACAGUAGUAGUCAAUCAAAAGUGGAGUGGAAUUUUUUUCGGUGUGAAUAAAUUGCAAAAAUUAAUUUCAUAACGCAAAAGAAUUCAAUGCGAUUUUUCAAACGAAUUAUAAUUUCUUAAAAGUUCCAACCGUUUUCUACUAAUCAUGAUUCUGAAUUAUGGGCUGUAAUUCAUCCAUGGAUACGAAUAGUGUUUUAGAUGAACCUUUGCCAGGUGGGGGUGGUGGUGUUGGAGCUGGUGCCGUUGGUGGCUUAGCUCUGACACCCGCCCAGUGGCCAUUGUCACAAGCGAAUCAUUCGGAUGUUGUACGAGAAUUUGUUCGUCUCGACGAGAAAAUCAGUAAGCUGGAGGGUACCUGUCCGGGUCCACGUUUGGCCACCUGUGAAGCAUGGAUAGAACAUUUGCAAAGUCGACGCAAUGAGUUGUUGGGCCUGGACACAAGACUUGUUGAAAAUCCUCUCCUAAGUGGCGGUCUAUCAAAACAAGUCACAGCCUCGGCACCCGUUACAUCGUUAAUCGGCCAGACAAACAGUUUGCCCUCCCACGUAGUUGUGGACAAUCGUGAAAUGUCCAUUGAUGGCUAUACGGCUGAGCAACCAACGCCAUACAACAACAACAAUGCUGUGGCCAUAGUCGGCAAUGGAGGUGUCCGAAGUGGUUACCAGCAAAAUGGUAUUCUCCCAACGCAUUCCGGCAAUUAUAAAUCGCCCGUGGGGGCCGGUGGUGGUGGUUUUGUCGGCAAUGGCAUUGGUGCACCUCGCCUAAUCUCCUCUAAUAACAUAGUAGCGAAAACGCCUUCACAGGACUUAGUUAAUUUAGCUUUAAACUUAGGUGUAAUCGUUGAUGUAAACAAGGCUUCCACACAUGAAGAUUUUUUUGCACAGCUAAGUGAAUCCGCCAUGCAUUUGAUGGCAGUACGUUGUUAUGCGGAAAUUUUGGAACAUACAAAAGUUAGACUGAAAACUCUUAUGGAAAGCUAUGCUGAAUUGAAUGAGCUAUAUGUUAAUCAUGAUGGAAUAAUAGCUUUUAUUAGUGGCGGUACUUAUAUGAGUCGUUUGGAGGAAAGUUUGGAUGCCCAACUAGAGGUGGCACGUGAUAUCAGAGAUAAAUUGGGCAGUACAUUGGAACAGUGGCGGAUAUGUGGUCUCUUGCUUAGAGCAUGUGCCAAUUCUGCAACCCAAAGUCUUAAACAAUGGCGUAAACUUAAAACAAUAGUAAAUCCAAAGGAUAAAAUAGAAACAGCAUUGGCAUGUCGCAAAGACCUGCAAGCAUCGCUGGUUUCUUUGGAAUGUGCACAGCUCUCAUUGCCACACGUGGAAAUCAAAUAUACCAGUAAUCGUCAAAUUUUGGCCGUAAAACAUUGCAAUACCUACAUGAUUACCGAUAUUGCCAAUUUAGCGCGUUACGAACACACAACAAAAGUAUUUGUCUCCUACGAAUCGAACAUUUCGAAAGCCUCGGCAUGGCUUUAUGAGACAUUCAAUAAAACACUGAGGCUAGAUUUUGAACGAGCUGAGGAGAAAGUCAAAACAUUGGCUAAAAAUCUAAGAGAUCAUCGUGAGGAAAUAUUUACAAUGGCCAGAAAAUAAUUAUGUUUUGGUUUAGUUACUUGUUUUAAUGCUUUAUUGUAUAUUUUGUAUUGUUUAUUU